AACCCAUUUUGCUGUUUAGCUUUUGGAAAAGUCACCGGUGUACCUGCACUCAAUCGCUGUCCUUCCGUUUUCGCAGAGACCAGGUAAUUUGCGAGAAUUCGAGUGUCUUUUUCUACCUUUCUUUGUUGUGAGAAUGUCUUCUGAAGAGACGCUUAGUGGCGGCAGAGUGAAGGGAAGGGUUGAGGGGGAAGAGAGUAGAGAUUUAGGGGUGCCAUCGAACAUUUUGGAAAGAGAGGAUGGAAGAGAGCCGUGUUUCAACCCUGAGGAGGAAGUUGUUGGUGAGGUGGCAGGGUAUGAAACAAGUUUGGAGAAUAGGGGUAGUUUGGCCCAUUUGGUUGAGAACUAUGGAGUGCCUGGGCGUGUGUUGGUGAGGCCGGCGAGGAGUAGGGAGAGGGCAUACCUAUUGGUGUGGUUGCUGUUAGAGUAUGGUCUAGGAUUGACGCAACUCACCCCGAACGCCGUAAGGUUGGUGGUGGCGUUUGCGGUGUAUAGCCGAAGUCGGGGGGUAAGUUUUCCUACCGCUAACGUAUUCAAGUACUUUUACGUCUUGAAUGCUGGGAGUGGUAGGGAAAAGGGGUGGUUUUACUUUACGGGCCGGGUGGUGGGUAGGCAGAGGAGGGGUUUAUUUAGCGCCGGGCCAUCUUCCAUCAAAGGAUGGAAAGAUAAAUUCUUUUUUGCGGAUGAUACGGAGUGGGAUAAAACUGAUGCUGAGGUGGAACACUUGAGUCGUUGGAAGACGAAAGGGUUAAACCUUAAUGAGUAUAGUCUGACCUCGGGGGAGUUAGAGGAUGUGGGGGAGUUGGAAAGAGAGGGUGUGGGUUUGCUGGACAUUAUGGAGUACACGAGCCAGAGGAUGUUAGAUGCGGUUGAGAUAUAUAGGCCGAGCUCGCAACUGGGAGAAGAGAUGAACAAGUUUUUGGACGUAGCUGGUGGAGCUGGGAUCCCAAAGAAGGGAAGAGGGAAGAGAGGCGAGGCCAGGAAGCGGGCGAAGGAGGUUUCACUGCCUCAAGGCGAAGUGGAGAACUUAGCCAUCACUCAACCUGGCCACGCUGGAGGAGAAGUGACGGUUGCUGAGGAGGGGCCCAUUGUGGCGAAAAGGAGGAGGUUGGAGCAACAAGGGGCCGUGGUGGAGGUGGAGGAGGUGUCAACGCCUGCGACUUCAACUCUUCGCUUGGAAGGGACCUCGUCAGCCUCAGCUGCCGAGUUUGCUGCUACGCUUCGGGAGCACGGGUACAUCCGAGCGCAGACGACCAGUUUUUAUGACUCCGGGAUGAGGAGCACAGCAAAGAGUCAGGCUGGUGAGUUCUUCGGCUGGCUGAUGGGUGAGAUGGGCGAAGAACUGGCAUUUCUGGCACCUCUGCACGAACUUCUUUGCGUCUUCUUGCAUGUUGGGCCAAUAGUACCCUUGCCGGAGUACCUUAUGUGCCAGAGUUCGGGCUCCCACGUGAUUACCGCAUACCCCCUCGUGUACUUCUCUUAGUGCAUACUCUGCUUCAUAUGGUGUCAGGCAUCUGAGGAGUGGU